UCUGGAGUUGGGCCAGGCUCAGAUGCAGCUGAAGAUGGAACAGCCGGCGAGCACUAAAACAGACUGGCUGACAUUUCCCUGGUCGCGCCACAACAAAACCAAUAAGGUGACGUACUUGGCUGCGGGCUUGCACCUGAAGGAUGAGUACAGUCAGGUGGACAUAUCCAGUUUCGCUGGCUUCGAAAGUCAUCCCUGCCGUCGCGUCUGCCAGAAGGGCCAGACGCAGAGUUGCUACUAUCAGCUGGUGGUGCACAACUAUCGUCGCCUUGGUGCCGAGUGUCAACGUUGCCAGUUCGAUGAACGCGCCUGUGCCGGCGAGAACUGCAUCUAUGGAGAUGGCAUUUCCACGCCAGUUAUGGCCGUCAAUCGAAUGGUGCCCGGACCAGCUAUCGAGCUGUGUGAGAACGACACCGUUGUGGUGGAUGUGCUGAACUACUUGAGUGAGCCGAGCACAAUCCACUGGCAUGGAGUGCACAUGUCGCGUACACCCGAAAUGGAUGGCGUAGCCCAUGUCACCCAGUAUCCGGUGCAGCCGGGCGAGGUGUAUCGCUAUGAGUUCCAGGCAGAUCGCAGCGGAUCUCUGUGGUACCACAGCCAUGAGGGCUGGCAGCGGGGCUUUGGUGUGGCUGGCAAUCUGAUAGUGCGACAGCCCCAUCAGGCGAACCCGCAUGCACGGCUCUAUGACUACGAUCUGGUGGAGCAUGCGCUGAUGGUGCAGGACAUUUUCUACGACAACAACAUUCAGCAGGUGCGCAAUAUUCUGAUCAACGGUAAGGGACGCAAUCAUCUUAGCCAGCUGCCCGAUCAGGAUCCCAGGCAUCGCUAUGAGCGUCUGCGCGUUACGCCUGGCUAUCGAUAUCGCAUGCGGGUCGUGCUCAAUGGUGUGUUCAAUUGUCCGGUUGAGUUCUCUAUUGAGCAGCACAAGCUGCUGAUCAUCAGCGCGGAUGGCAACGAUAUUGAGCCAGUGCUGGCCGAUGGCUUCUUUCUCACAGCAGCGGAGCGUUUUGACUUUGUGCUCGAGGCAAAUCAAUAUGCAAAGAACUAUUGGUUACGCGUCCGGGGUUACGAGCAGUGCCAGGAGCAGAAUCUCUACCAAGGCGCGGUGCUCAGCUAUCGGGGUGCCGCACGCAGCGAGUUGCCUCUAGGAAGCAUUCUGGAAAGGAGGCAGGGUAGAGAGCUUGACGAGCCUCCCACGUACAUCAAUGAUUUUCGAUUCAAAUUAUCCAUCAAUGAUUCCAUCACUUUGCUGCGUCAGGCGAACCAGACCAAGGAGACAGAUGUAGGCACUGUAUCCCUGCGCUCCGUGGAGCCCGUCCCCUGGCCAAGAUACACCAAAUUCUUAACGCACUACUCCAGUCUAAGCAUGCGACAGGCAUCAAAUGGCGAACAGCUCUUCCAAAUCGAUGAGAUUAGCUACAAUCCCCCAGGAAUUUCCCUGCUGCAGGGACGUCAUCUGUAUCAGGACGAUGGCUACUUCUGCAAUCGCAGCUCGCUGGCCAGCCAGGGACGCAACUGUGCCCGAGAACUGUGCGAGUGUGUGCACGUUAUACGACUGCCCGCCUAUCGACCCAUUGAAAUGGUCGUGGCCAGUUACACGGAUGCCACACAUCCCAUUCACCUGCACGGGCUCACCUUCCGCUUGGUCGGCCAGGGCGUGCUGGGUAAUCUUAACGAUUUGAGAAAUAUACGCCAAUUGGAUCGCCAAGGACGCUUGUCGCGCCUGCCCGACGACUAUGCUGCCGUGGCUAAGGACACUGUCCAGGUACCCGGACUGGGCUACGUCAUUUUGCGCUUCAUCUCGGACAAUCCAGGCUUCUGGAGUUACCACUGUCACAUCGAAUCCCAUGCGGUCCAGGGCAUGACGGCUGUGCUCAAGAUCGGCGAGAACUAUCAAAUUAAAAGUAUUCCAGCUCGAGUGCGCUGUUGA